AAAGAAUAUUAGAAACACUCGUGGAAAGGGUCUCACGACAGUCACCAAUGUAACGUUACUACUGGAAUUAUUGGGAGCAAUACACAAACACAAAGCGUUUGAACCAUCGGGACAACUGAGCUGAGGACGAUGUGGAAUAUUUUCAUGCAAACAACCUGACUGCAGACACAAGGAUGUCUUGGCCUGUUCUGUACGCUCAGAUAGUCGGGGCAAACCGUCACUCCACCAGCCUGGGUAAAGUCUGGCUCUCUGUGCUCUUUAUUUUCCGGGUCAUGGUGCUGGUUGUUGCUGCUGAGAGCGUCUGGGGGGACGAGCAGUCUGACUUCACUUGUAACACACUACAGCCGGGCUGUGAAAACGUCUGCUAUGAUCAGUUCUUCCCUGUCUCCCACAUCCGUCUAUGGUGUCUUCAGCUUGUCUUUGUCUCCACACCGGCACUCCUGGUUGCAAUGUACGUGGCCUAUCGGAACCAUAGCGAUAAGAAGAGGCUCCUACAGGGUUCUGGUAGAGCUGGUUUCCGUAGCAACAAAGACCCAGAUGAAGAUUUGGAGACUCUGAAGAGACGGAGACUCCCUAUAGCUGGCGCCCUCUGGUGGACGUACGCCUGCAGCCUGGUGUUCAGGCUACUGUUUGAAGGAGGCUUCAUGUAUGCUCUAUACGUGGUAUACGAUGGCUUCCAGAUGCCACGGCUGGUGCAGUGUGACCAGUGGCCGUGUCCAAACCUGGUGGACUGCUUCAUCUCACGCCCCACCGAGAAAACCAUCUUCACUGUUUUCAUGGCCACUGCUUCCUCUAUCUGCAUGGUCCUUAACAUGGCUGAACUUGCAUAUCUUGUUGCCAAGGCUGUCACUAGGAGUCUCGGUGGUCAGAAGGAGAGGAAAACAUGCAGAAAAUCUAACAGAGAGAGGAUGCAGAAUAAGACAAACCAGAAGUUACUUGUCUCAACCUGAGGAAGCAGCAACAAUGUGGACAAUACAUGCAGAAGAAACACUUUCCAAAGACCUAAAAGCUGAAUAAUUACAAGUGGCAUACCUGUGAAUGACCCAAAACGUGUAAAUACAAUUCAAAAAGUGAACAUUUUCUAUGAUACCUAAUGUGUUAAAAAGUAACAUUCAUGGGGUGGAGAGGAUGGAAUCAGUGUCUACAACUCAAAACUUUAUUUUUUACAUGAUAUUGUCUGAGAUUGUAUUUGUUGACAAUAUUUCAGUUCAUAUAAUAUAAAUGCACCCACCAAUUCCUACUUUAUCUACCAAAUACAGUUUCAUCUCAAUUGUGUGUUAGUGUAAUAGUUUGAGUUAAUAAUUACAUGACAAUAAUAAUAUAAAUAAAAACAGUAAUAAUAAUAAUAA